AGUAGCCGACAGGACGAGCAGCCAGCAGUUCGCCUGGAAGCGGGCAGGCAAGAGGCAGCAGAGGAACGGUCAUUCCACGGGCAAUGAUGUACUACUAACCUGGCCACCAUGAGCAACAUACGGAGGUGGGCAGCCCUGCUGCUGCUCCUGGGCCUGGCCCAUCAGCUGGACCCCUCGCUCGCCACGUCGUUCUCCGCCGGAAACGCCUGGCAGCGCAGCUUCUACGGACGCGACUCGCGCAGCCUGAUGCACCGCAGAGCCCCGUUUCCCGUCGCCGGAGAUCAGGGCCUCAACGAUUACCUGGGCUCCUAUGGUGCCGCCGAGCAGGAGCAGCACCAACCGCUGCCUCCGCCUCAGCAGAUGCGCCAGCAGACAGAAGUUUACGGAAUUGUGGAGCCGCUGAUUGAAGACACGCCCUGCGCCGACCGCGCCUGCCUCCUCAACGAGGACUGCUGUCCCUCCGGGGUCUGCGUCAGCACAUACGGCGAAGGAAAAUGCGUGUAUGUGUUCGGGAGACAGCGGGACUUGUGCCAGCGUCAUGCGGAUUGUCCACAAGGCACCGCGUGCAUGCUGGUCGCCCAGGAGGGCGUCUGGAGGUGCGAGUCGGACGGGGAGUCGGGAGGAGCCUCGUCGCUGCUGGAGGACAUCUUCGGACUGAAGCAGAGGCAACCGCUGGGCAGUGAGUGCAGCAGCAGCAGCGACUGCCAGGUGAUCAAUGGCAUGUGCUGCCAGCAGCAGCGGCUGCACCAUCGGGCAGCCAUAAAGCUGAGCUGUGGCUACUUUCGCGACGCCUUCGACUGUGUGGAUAUGGUGGGAUCAGAGCAUCACCGAAACUAAGGAUCGCAGUCCUUCGGUAGCAGAGCUCAGGAAAUCGAGAGGAAAAGCAGCCAAAUAGAAAAUGAACCUGAUAACUGAUUGAAGUGCAGCUAUUCCUAGGAUUUCUUUCAAUAUUGCAACAUAUCCAAUUGUUAAACGAAUACAUAUCAAGUUCAAAUUGCUGUAGCAUAGAGCGAUUGGAUCUAUAUAAUAUGCAAAUGAAUACUUAUUAUUACUCGAACGAUCUUAGAUAUCUCAAUGUGUUUUUCGUAGAGACUUUCCAAAUAUACUGACUGAGGCAUUCAAUGUUAUUAACAAAAGAAGAGUUUUCAAUGCAAAUUUACCAUAUUCAAGCAACAAUUAAAUCGUUUCACGUCUAAAUGUAAAUCGAAUACAAUAAAUAAAUUAGCAAGGAUCAGCAUUA